AUGGUUGCAAACAUCCCAGGGCUGAUAGCUGUAGCUGUGUUUUAUUUGAUCAUUCUGGCAACUGGAAUAUGGGCCUCUCGAAAGUCCAAGCAAGAGGAGAAGAGAAGCACUGGCACAGGGACAGAAGUCACCCUGGUUGCUGGUCGGAAUAUGAAUAUAUAUGUGGGAAUUUUCACAAUGACGGCUACAUGGGUUGGAGGAGGCUAUAUUCUUGGUACUGCCGCUGCUGUGUACAACCCUACAAAAGGCUUGGUUUGGGGUUUAAUGCCUGUGCAAUAUUUAAUAAACUUUUUUGUUGUUGCAAUUUUCUUUGCCAAGCCAAUGAGGGAUAAGAAGUAUGUAACUAUGAUGGAUCCUCUCCAGCUGAAAUACGGGGAAACUCUGACCUGCACUCUUCUGAUUCCUGCGCUGAUUGCUGAUGUGCUGUGGGUAGCAUGUAUCAUGGCAAGUUUAGGAGGAACCAUCAGCAUCAUUCUUGAUGUAUCAUCCUUCUACACGAUCUGCAUCUCAGCUGCUGUGGCGAUAAUCUAUACGCUUCUUGGGGGAAUGUUCUCUGUGGCCUACACUGAUGUCAUACAGCUUGUCUUCAUCUUUUUUAGUUUGUGGCUGUGCGUUCCUUUCCUGAUGCUGAAUCCAGCCUCCACUGACAUCACACUCACAGCAUUCAAUGGGACCUUCCAAGCUCCUUGGAUGGGAACAUUGGGGCUAGAGGAUGUGGGGCUGUGGAUGGAUGAAUUUCUAGUUCUGAGUCUAGGAGGUCUGCCUUCUCAAGUUUUACAUCAGAGAAUUCUGUCAGCAGCAUCAUCCAAAGAGGCCCAAGUCACAUGUUUUGCUGCAGCAGGAUUUAGUUUUAUCAUGGGCAUUCCUUCAGUGCUACUCGGGGCAGUAGCUGCAUCAACAGACUGGAACAUGACCAGUUAUGGUUCUCCCUCCCCUUAUGAACGUGGUGAAGCAGGUAAAAUUCUCCCAAUCGCUCUGCAGCACCUUACUCCCAACUACAUCUCCAUCUUGGGGAUUGGGGCUGUAGCAGCAGCAGUGAUGUCAUCCAUGGACUCUUGUCUCCUCUCCUCUGCUUCCUUAUUUACCAAUAACCUCUACAAGACCUUGAUUAGAAAGCAGGCUUCUGACAGAGAGCUGCAGUGGGUGAUCAAGAUCUCAGUGACCGUGGCUGGGCUGGUAGGAAUGGGACUGGCCUUUUUAGGGAACAAUGCUCUGGCCUUCUGGAUUGUGGGUACUGAUGUGAUGUACACCCUGGUUUUGCCUCAGUUCAUCUGCGGUCUCUUCUUCCCCAUCACCAAUGGUUACGGUGCUGUUGGGGGUUACAUCCUAGGAGUGAUGCUGAGAGUGCUAAGUGGGGAACCCCUCCUCCACUUCAAUCCUGUCAUCCACUUCCCCGGCUGCAGGCUAAUCGAUGGCGUCUAUGUCCAGCACUUCCCCUGUCGGACACUAGCGAUGCUGGCGUCCCUGUGUUCUAACAUUCUGAUUUCCUAUGUGGCAUCGCUGCUGUUUGAAAAAAGACUCCUGCCAAAGAGGUGGGAUAUACUGCAAGUCAAGACCCACAGUACACCCAGUAGAGCUGAAGAGAAACCUAAUGUGGACAAGCAGCCAGCAGUUUCUGAUCAACUGCUUGACACAACUUGUUAAAUUCCAUGUUUUUUACUCUGAAAACCACACAUUCAGUGCAUUAUUCAACCGCUAUAUGAAUCUAAUUUGAUUAAAUAAGUGAAUAGUGAUUCACAUUGUAGAACUUGUGCUUAUGAAUGUGUGUAAGCAAUAC